CGGCACCCCAGUUUGUUUUCGCUUUGUUGAGCCUAGCGACGACCUCUCGUAUAGUAACAUAUUGUAAUUACACGCCGAAGCUUAUAUCCAAAAGCUGACGACAACGAACAGAAGUUGCAUUGCAGAAGGCCCUCCCAGUCAAUCAAUGAGCUGCUAAUUGCAACAUUUUCACAAUCGCCCAUAGAAAAAACAGCAUGAAAAUGUAGGGACCCAGCCAAGAUGCGCGAGUUCUUCGGUUGCUACCUGCUCGCCAGCCAGUCCCCCAAGCACAAAGGGCGUACCUACAUCGGAUUCACCGUGAAUCCACGCCGGCGCAUCCGCCAGCACAAUGGACUGAUCAAGAACGGUGCAUGGAAGACGCACAAGGGCCGGCCUUGGGAGAUGACCUUGGUAUUGUACGGGUUCCCAACCAAGAUCCAGGCUCUGCAGUUCGAAUGGGCGUGGCAGCACCCGGAGCGCAGCCUGAUCGUGAGGCCCAUCGCGCAGGCGCUGGGCAGGCAGCGCAUGCAGGGCGUGCGCGGCAAGAUCCUGCUGAUGCUCAGCAUGCUGCAUGAGUCGCCCUGGCGCCACUUCCCGCUCACGCUGCAGUACCUGGCGCCCCAGUACGCCGCCCUCAUCAAGGAAAGCGUCGCCAGCGCGCCCACCCAUGUCCGUGUGUUCACGGCGCCCAUGGAGGAGCUACCCAAGGCCCUGGACGACAUGGACGACGACGAGGAGGGGGAGCAGCCAGAGGGGGAGGCGGGCGAGGAGCAGGGCAGCGCGGAAAGGGGUGCAGAAGGGGAGGGCGGGGCCGAGGACGACACGGCAAGCGAGGGCGGCCUUGGCGGCGGCAGCGACGCCGAGGCGGACGCGGACGCGCGCGGCCUGGGCUAUGGCAGUGGGGGCGCGGCCGGAGGCGGAGGCGGCAGUGAGAGUGACGGUGAUGUUGAGCUGCUGGAGGACGAGCCGUUUGCGGCAGGGGCCGCGGAUGCGGGUCCUUGCCACGUCUCUGGCAAGACAGCCACUGGCGCAGCUGCAGGCGGCGCAGCCGCGGCCGCGGUGGAGGCGGCGACGGCAGCGGCGGCUGCGGUGGCGGCCUGCGGCAAGGCGCCUUGCGCGCUGUGCUCCGCCGUCAUCAGCCGUCACAUGCUCUACUGCGCCACUUGCGCCUCGCCCUUCCACCUCGACUGCAUGGCCGCACGCUGGGCUGCUACAGCCGUGCCGGCCGCGGCAGACGCGGCUGUAGCUUGGUCAGCAGGCGGCGGAGGCGGAGGUAGCCGGUUCGGUGGGGUGCCGGAGCAGGGGUCCUGUCCGGCCUGCGGCGCGGCACACACGUGGAUGGAGUUGCUGCGGGGCAUGCAGACGGUGGGCUGGGGCAACAAGAGCGGGCGGCGGCAGAGGCGUGGCGCUGGGACUAAGGCAGCGGCGAAGUGCGCAGCCGGUGGCACGAAGGACAUCAGCACCGGUGCCGGGGCGGGUGGGGCCGCACCGGGCGGGAGCAAACGCGCGGCCACUGGCAAGGCCGGCGGGAGCAAGGCCCGAGGAAAAGGCGCUAUAGCGGCAGCGGCGACAGCCGUACCUGGCGACCCAGAUGCUGCACACGGCUUGGAAGGGGGGCCGCUCCCGGCCGGAACUCUUGCUGCUGCUGCGAAGCCUCGCAAGCGCACAGCCAAGCCUAAGGCGGCCACGGCGGCGGCGGCGGCAGCUGCAGAAGCGCGUGCCACCGCUGCGGGUGGCGGCCUAUGUGACUGGGCUGAGGCAGGUAGGCACAGAGGAUACAUGGCUGCGGCAGAGAGGGAGGGGGAGCAGCUGUCUAACGCAGCGGCAACCGUAGAGCCGGGUGCUGCGGCAGCAGCUGGCCCGAAGGGUCGUGGGGCAGGCGCAACAACCAAGCCCCGCAAGCCCCGGACCAAGGCAGUGGUAGGAGCAGCGGCACCAGCGGCAGGCGGCGAAGCGCCGGAGGGGGCUGCAGCACUGGCCAAGCCUAGGGGCAGGCGGAAAGCAGCAGCGACAGCCGCUGCGGCUUCGGCGGAACUGGAGCCCACCGCCGCGGCAGGGUACACAGUCGCCGAGGGAGAUCCGGUCGCUUGGGCGGCCACGGAGUUUUCGGGGCCCGUGGCCGUCGCAAGCCGUGGUGGGGGAGCAGCAGGCUCGCCGGCCAAGCGGCAACGCAAGGGCGCCAAAGGGGCGGCGGCAGUCGCAACGGCUGAGGCCGCGGCUGCAGCCGCAGCGCAUGCCACUGCGCCCGGACGCCAACGCGCAGCUGGACCCCGUGUAGAAAGUGGUGGAGGAGAGGAGGCGGUGGCGGGCGACCAUGACGCUUCGCCUGUGCCGCUGUGGCGCCGCCUCCAGGCGCGCGGGGGCGCCGGCGGGAGCGGCUCUUCAAAGGCUGCAGCGACAGCUGCGCCGGCCGCGCCACCUGCCGCCGGCAUGUAUGACGAUGAGGAUGACGAGGGAGGCGAUGAAAUCGAGGUGGUGGAGGCAGGCGGCCAAGCUGCUGCUGCUGGUGGCGGGCGCGGGCGCCACGCCACACGCAGCAUUGCGCUGUCCUCCUCGGCCUCGCCCUCGCCCUCCACCUCGCCUGCGGCCUCGCGUUCGCCGUCACCUGCGCCGUUGCUGGCCCGCGGCCGCGGCGGGAGCUCCACCGGACCUGCUGCUGGUGCCGCUGCUCGGGCUCGUCGUGUGGGCGGCGGCGGCGGCGGCAAUGGUGCUGCAGCCGCAGCUGCUGAGGGCACAGGCUGGGGCCACAUGCAAGUGCGUGGUCGCUCACACGGAUGGGAUGCGCCAGCACGAGACGAGGCAGCCGAAGGCGGGCUCUAUGCCCGCCGCAUGGUCACAGAUACACGGCGGGCAGGUAUGGAGGCGCAGGAGGCGGCAGCGGAGGAGGAGACGGAGGAGGAGGAGGAGAUGUUACAUGGCUGGCAGGCGGCAGGUCAUCAACACAGCCAUCAAGACAGCCAGCAAGUGGAGCUGGUCAUCCUCGGCACCUCCAGUGAGGAGGAGGACCAGGACGAGGAGGAGGGCAUGGAGCAGGAGGGCGAGGAGCGGGAUAACCCAGACCAGGAAGGUGACCAGGAGGAGAGCGGUCGCAUGCAGGAUCUGCAGGAAGAGCUGGCGGAAGAGCUCGGCGAGCAGGCAGCGGGCGCCGCCGCCCCCGGCACCGGCACCGGCACCAAGGCCGCAGCUGACUGCAUGGAUGUGGACGCGGACGUGGGUGUUGGCGCGGACGCGGACGGCUUUGGCAGCCCCGUGAUCGCAGCCACUGCCGACCCCGGGCCGUCGUCCCAUGGGACAGCUGUGCCGCGCCCGGACCAGCACCGCGGGCAGACACAGCAGGGCGGACAGCAGCUGUGGCGGCUGCAGCGUGCGGGCGAGGCGGGGGACGAGGUCGCUGUGCAGGAGCGCAAGGCGCAUACCCCGCCGCAGCCUCGGCCACAGCGGGUCGGCGGGCUGCCCGGUGACAGCACGCGGGCGGGCGGUGGUGGCAGCGGCGGCGCAAGCGGUGGCAGUGGAAACGGCGGCUGUGGCGAGGCGGUUUUGUCGGCGGGCGGUGGCGUCACAGCGAUGCUGGCGCAGCUGCAGUGCGCAGGCAGCACCGCCAGCCCGCCGCCGCCGCCGGCUGCAGCGAUCGCUGCCGCUGCAGAUUGCGUUGCUGCAGGCGCUGCUACUGCGGCUGCCACGGUCCAACACGGGCAGUUGCGCCACCAGCCGUUUCCCGAGCAGCAAUCGCAGCAGCAGCAAUGGCAGGGCCAGCAGGGCCACGAGCCCAGGGAGGUGGUGGACCUGUGUACGCCAUUGCCGCCCAGCAAGCGCCUGGCAGGGCGCACCGUGCCCUCCGAGGCGGGCGCGGGGCGCCGGGGCAGCCAGGCCGCCGGCGCAGUCGGCACAGCCGGCGAAGCGGCCGCCACCGAUAGAGGCACGGCGGUGCAGGCGUGCGGUGUGUCCAAGCGGCUCCGGAGCCCCAAGCCGCCUGCUGGUGGUGAGCAGCACAAAGAGUGGGGCGCCGCGGCGGCACCGGUAGCGGAAGCGACAGCUGCAGGGCAAGCGGCAGCGGGACGCGGCGGGCCCAGCCGGCAGCCGGCCGGGCCGCCCAGAGCAGCACCCGCAAGGGGCGCUGCUACAGCCGCUACUGGGGCGGCCGCAGGAGCAGCAGCAGCAGGAGCACCGGGGGAGAUAGCAUCUGCGAGCCCCGGCGGCUGGGCUGUGUCGCCCUGGCCUGUGCGUCAGCGCUUGCUUGCGGAGAGUGACAGAGAUGAGGAGGAGGCCGGGGCUGCCGGUGAUUUCGGCGGCGGUGGCGCAUCGGGCGGGCCUGCGGCUCCGGAUGACGAUGACGAAAUGUCCGAUGACGUGAUUAUUAUUGACUGAACGUAUUCAUAAGUAUCGUCGUAAUGGUAAGGCCGGUCGUGGGCGAAAAGAGACACCGCAGGACGGGCCAUGCGCUUGACAGGCACUGUGCACUGAACAACUGGGUUAGCAGCAUAGGGCAGCAAUGUUUGGAAUUGGCGUUGGGAAGAUGAGCGAUAGCAGCGGUGCGGUGUAGGCAAUAGAGCUAGGCAGCUGCAGUGGCGGCCGGCGGUGUGCACGCUGCCAUCGUGGAAAGGGCACUUGUCAUUUUGCCAGUGGGGUCAGCUGGGCCGUUGGGUUUUUAGCUGCAGGCAAGGCGACGUCUGGAGGCCCGAACCAGACCUGGCGGAGGACCACCCAUGCUAGCAACAAAGUGUAGAAUGUAUGGAGAGGAGUGGUGCAUUUCGAGUGUUACACUGCACGACAUGGUUAUACGCCACGAUUAGCCAGGUAGGUGUCGGCAUGGGGCCCCACUGUCACGCCUUCCCAAGGGCUGGCAAUACGUUCUCCGUCUCGGUAUAUUACAAUUAUUCGCAGUCUGUGACGUGACUGCACUGACGGGUCUUUAACUCUGAAAUCGCUAAAUGAAAGUCGUUCAAGUAG